UGGGCGCACAACCCUAGAGUCUGUCAAGACUGGCCCAUACGGGCAGGGGUACAUUUACCUUUACCUUUAUAAGUGAAUUACUGUUGCUGUUGAUCUGAAAUGUAUAGUCUGACUCUCAAAAUGAUAACAUGAGCUUGGAAACAGUUAAUAUCUGGCUCCUGCUUAAAGAACUUGCCAUAAGCAUUGCAUAAUAGUGAGAAAGGAAAAUUCAAGUGCAGAGAAGGUGAUUCAAUAAGGACUGGUGGCCGUGGGGAGGGGGAUAACUAAGAUCUACGCAACCAAAAUUCAUUCCCAGACCUUUAUAAUAUAUCUUUGUCCUGCCUUGUUAAUGCCCAUGCACCACCACUCAGGGUGGCUAACAACAAUUUAAAAUUGUAAUGCAACAAAUGCAAUAAUAAAAGUGCACAAAAUACAUACUAAAAAAAACAAUUGCAGAGCUAGAAACGGCCUUCACAGAUAAAUGCAGUUUUGUUCCGCCAUUCUUAAAACAGGGAUCUGAUUCAGCAGUUUAUAUUGCAGAGGGCUGAUAUUAUUAUGACUGGAGUUCCUUUUUCUCUUGAGAAGCAGAGAAAUUGCUUUGAUAGGCUAUUCCAUCGCCUGCCCCCAACAUAUAUACACAUACAUACAUUUUGCUCCUUGCAUUUGACAGAGAUUUGAUACAGAAGCUUGCUUGUUUUUGUGGGAGAGAGGCAAUGGUAUCUAAGGGAAUGUUGUGGGUGGGGCAGAAGGAGGUGUGGAAAGAGGGUCUUGUUCUCAAACCAGACAGAUGUUGGCUUCUCUUUGUUCUGAGGGCAGUGGGUGGGAGAUGGCUAAUCCUAUCAGGUUUGAGUCCUCCUAAUCAAACUGGAGUUCUGCUGCAGUCAGGAUUGUUGGGACAAGUUCCUUGGAGGUCCCAGUCUCUCUCUCUCUCUCUCCUGAGCACUGCCCUGGAUGAAGGCUUCUGUUCCGCUGCUCCUCUGAGCCUCCUUCCACCAUGGAAGCAGCUCCUGAGAUGGAAUUAGCGCAAACGCCUCCGGCCCGUAACCUAAAUGGCAACUGGCACUACCAAUUCCGCAUCCUUCUGCUGGGCGACUCCAUGGUGGGCAAAACGUCUCUGCUCAGAUGCUACACGGAGGGGUGCUUCGUUCCAUCCCCGUGCCCCACGGUGGGCGUGGAGUUCUACAGCAAGAUGAUGGAGCUGCCUCCAGGCAUCAAGGUGAAGCUACAACUUUGGGACACGGCUGGCCAAGAGAGGUUCAGGUGCAUCACCAGAUCCUUCUACCGGAACGCAGUGGGUGUACUCUUGGUCUUCGAUAUGACCAACCGGAGGUCCUUUGAGAGCAUCUUUGAUUGGUACCAUGAAGUGACCAGUGUUAUGGAGAAGGUCGUCUUCCUCUUGGUUGGCCACAAAAGUGACCUUCAGUCAAUGAACAGAGUCACAGUCGAAGAAGCAGAGGGACUGGCCAUUUCUUUGGGCACACAAUUUAUUGAGACGUCUGCCAAGGACAACCUCAAUAUAGAUUUGGCUUUUGCGACCAUCACCAAUGCUAUCUAUGACGCUCUGAGAAACAAGGAGAUUGACCUGCAGGAAGGGUGGGAUGGUGUGAAGGUGAUCCAUAAGAAGAGAACUAGCGGUCUUCAGAGAAGGAAGAAGGCCCCGCAAGAAAAAUGCAACUGCUAACCAAAGUCAAGGAGUGAGAUGUGGUUGGAAGGGGGCAGUGGGCGGGCUCUAAAGAGGAGAAAAGAGUGGAACUCUUUCAUAGCCAAGGUUCUGAGAUGAAAGCUGCAGAGGACCUCAAUGACUGGACCCUCAAAGUGACAUUCACUCAUCAGCAUUCAAGACUGUUGCGGGGCGCAUACUGAUGAUGGGCAGGGCUGGAGUCAUCAGUGAGCUGAUAAUGCUAAGGUUGCAAGUUCGAUCCCUGUAUGGGACAGCUGCAUAUUCCUGCAUUGCAGGG